ACAAGAAGCAGAAAUGUUUAAGGGUUGUCUAGUUAUGGCCAUGGCGGCCGCGGCGCUAGUAGCAGCAUCAGUUGUAGAGGCAGACCAAGGAACCGCUACUUUCUAUACACCUCCUUAUGUUCCCUCAUCCUGCCACGGCUACACCAACGACGGAGUGAUGAUCGCGGCAGCAAGCGACGCCAUUUGGGGCAAUAGAGCGGCGUGUGACAGGAAGUACAAAGUCACGUGCACCGGCGCCACUAACCAAGGCGAUCCCCACCCCUGCACUGGCCGAAGCGUUGUCGUUAAAAUAGUCGACUACUGCCCACCCGGCUGCCACGGCACCAUCGAUCUUUCUCAAGAAGCAUUUGCGAUUAUUGCCAAUCCUGACGCCGGCAAAGUCAACAUUCAGUUUAAUCAGGUUUGAAGUGUUCGGAAAGAUGCAAUAAGAGCUAUAUUGGUGGAUGUGCCAUCGCUAUGAAUAACAUGGAUUAAGUAUAUAUAAAAUAAGUGUUUCUUGUAAAAUAAGAGUGACCUAUUAUCACGUAUAUUUGUGUGGC